CAUGCACAACAUGCAUGGUGUCAGGGAGAAGGAAAAAGCAUUCCAAUGGCACCACUUGUGCAGUGCACUCUUUCACAUUGUUCUUUGACAUAUCUACCCAUCCAUCUCAUAUGGGCCGGGAAACAAUAAACUAUCCUGUAUUACAGUAGGCUAUAUAAUCCCCAAAGACGCUCAAGGCUUAGGCAGCCAAAGAACCAGCAGCUGGACCAAGCUCCCAGCUUAGUGUCGACAUGAAGGGCUUCUUCUUCUUCUUCACCACCUCUGCACUUGCCAUCCUUGCGCUCCUCCCGGUCGUCGCCAUAGGCGCCGGCCUCAAGGUCGGGUUCUACAACAAGUCCUGCCCGUCGGCGGAGUCGCUGGUGCAGCAGGCGGUGGCUGCCGCCUUCAAGAACAACAGUGGCAUCGCCGCCGGCCUCAUCCGCCUGCACUUUCAUGACUGCUUCGUCAGGGGCUGCGACGGCUCCGUGCUGAUCGACACGACGUCGAACAACACGGCGGAGAAGGACGCGCCCCCGAACAACCCCAGCCUGCGUGGCUUCGAGGUCAUCGACGCCGCCAAGAAGGCCAUCGAGGCGCGGUGCCCCAAGGUCGUCUCCUGCGCCGACAUCCUCGCCUUCGCGGCGCGCGACGCCGUCGCUCUGUCGGGGAACAACCUCACCUACAAGGUACCCGCGGGGCGGCGCGAUGGGCGGAUCUCCAGGGACACGGACGCCAGCAACAACCUCCCUUCCCCGCUCUCCAACGCCACCGAGCUCGUCGGCAACUUCACCGUCAAGAACCUCACCGCCGAGGACAUGGUGGUGCUCUCCGGCGCGCACACCGUCGGCCGUUCCCACUGCUCCUCCUUCACCAACCGCCUCUAUGGCUUCAGCAACGCCAGCGACGUGGACCCCACCAUCAGCUCCGCCUACGCGUUCCUGCUCAGGGGCAUCUGCCCCUCCAACAGCAGCCAGUUCUUCCCCAACACGACCACGGAGAUGGACCUCAUGACGCCGGCGGUGCUCGACAACAAGUACUACCUGGGGCUCGCCAACAACCUGGGGCUCUUCACGUCGGACCAGGCGCUGCUCACCAACGCCACGCUCAAGAAGUCCGUCGACGAGUUCGUCAAGAGCGAGAACAGGUGGAGGAGCAAGUUCGCCAAGGCCAUGGUGAAGAUGGGCAACAUCGAGGUGCUCACGGGGACGCAGGGGGAGAUCAGGCUCAACUGCAGGGUCAUCAACAGCGGCAGCAGCUCGGCCGGGAUCGAGCUUCAGAUGGCGACAGGCUCCGGUGGCGACGACUCUGCCGAAGAAUUCACUGACAUUGCAACGAACUAGAUAUUGUGUGAUGUGAAAAUGUGAUGCUCAUGCUCUUCGGUGGUGUGAUAAGUUCUACGUCAGGUUUUUUUUUUUAGCAUGGUUCUACGUCAGGUUGUUGCGCUUGACAGGAAUGAAAUAAACUGAACUUAUGGAAACAUGGGGGAAAUGAGGUUUGUUUGUUCUUUUUUCUGUUUUGGAUGAUGUUUGGAUCUGUUUGUAACAAUGCAAGAAAAUAAAAUAGUAAAUGAAAUGUCCUUCAACGGGAGCAUGUGUUGUGCAUUA